GUUUCACAACGUUAUCCGGGAAUAAUAUCCGGAUAACUCACCAUCUUGACAUGAAGUUGGCGACUGGCGCAGACAUUCCGGACGUAGCGAUUGGAACCUACAGGUUGCGUGGAGAUGACGCAGAACGAGUCGUGUACGAUGCGUUGUGCGUGGGAUAUCGCCACAUUGAUACGGCUGCAGUGUAUCGCAACGAAGUAGCCGUGGGCCGCGCAAUCCGUCGUGCUAUUGACGAGAACAUUUUGACACGGCCAGAGCUUUUCGUGACGACCAAGGUCUCCCCAAAGCACAUGGGGUAUGCCAAAACGGUGGAAGCAAUACAAGGAAGUCUGCGGGAUCUAGGCCUCGAUUACAUUGACCUGAUGCUACUGCAUUGGCCUGGAACGCAAGGGAAGAAAGCAGACAGCCCACUGCAGCUCCCGAAUCGGGUCGGCAGUAUGCAAGCUCUCACGGAAGCCUUCAAUGCUGGUACGUUGAAGGCAGUGGGUGUGUCCAACUUCCUAAGGGCGCAUUUUGUCGGCCUCGACCACUUUCCUAUCCACGUAAACCAAGUGGAGUUUCACCCGUUGCAGUGGACAGCAGAGACCCACGAACUAGUGGGGUAUUGCCGCCGACGACACAUGGUCAUGGCGGCGUAUUCCAGUUUGGGCGAAGGAUCUCUGCUUGAUGACGUGGCAUACCCUGAGUUGGCGCAUGUAGCGCGACAGGUCGGCGCUCCUGCGACCGUCGCGCAAGUGCUGCUGGCAUGGGGUCAUUCCCACGGGUGGGUUGUCAUACCCAAGGCCAGCUCGAAGGCCCGCAUCCAGGAGAACUGGGACGCGACUCGGCAGGUGACACUCUCGGAUGAACACAUGGCCUCCAUCAACGCCAUCGUUGACCGCGUCGGACCUGUCAAGUUCUGCUGGGAUCCGUCGGUCAUAGCAUGAGUAAGAAGUAUUAAUACCUAGUCGGAUUACGAAGGAUGCGAGGAUGGGGUAAUCGAAACACGACCAUCAU